AUGCCCACUGCUUUAUCAUUGCCUGCCCUUACCUUAAAGGCCAUGGCCACGGUGGAGAGGCUUUUCUGUUUGUUGGAAGCUCACGGUGCCCGCCCGUCCGUGGAAGGGCUGGAUUGGGCCCGUGAGAACUGGAGUAACUGUCAGAGUGUGAUGGACCGGAUUGUGGCUCUGCAGAAGGAGGCACGGGCCAAGUCGGGAAAGGGCAAAGCCUUCAUCUGUGCAGUUUUGGGUGCGUGUUUGGCUGCUUCAAUAGAUGAAAAGCAAAGCCAAAACGGACGAGAGAAUAAAAUCAUUUCCUCCUUGCAGGAGCUGGUAGAUACCCUGCAAGGGCAUAUUGUAACUUUAAAGGACGAAGUGGCAGAUCUUAAGGAUAGAUUAAAAACAGAACAGAAGUGGCAAAAGUGGUUUUUGAAGGAGGAAGAGUUAAAGCAGACAGAGCCUGCCUCCAUAUACCCCCAGGCAGAACUGGCAGCAGCAGAGGAAGCUGCGGCUCACAUGCGUCCUCUCAUUAAAACUGAGAUGCUGUAUGAGGAUGAGGAUGGCACCCCUGCCAUCACAACCAAAGAGAUACCCUUUUCUUACACUGAGCUGGCCAAACUGCGUAAAGAGUUUACACGUUCGGCUGGAGAGUCUGAGGUGGAAUAUGUAUGGCGUGUUUCUAAAACUGGAGGUGAUCAAAUUAGGUUGACAGAGGCUGAAGCUACAGGCUAUUGGGGUGCUAAUGUGUUCCUAACUACGGGAAAUAGGAGUGGUCCCUGGAGCCUUACUCAGCGAGCAGUUUUCUGGGCUGGGGGCUUUGAUUCAAAGGAGAGAGGAGAGCCUCUAGUUCUGAGGGGAGGCAUGAAUCAGAUAAUGGAAAAUGUGCAGAAGGCAGCUUGUUUGCAAAUGGUCUAUGAUCGAGAACUGAAACAUCAUUUUGAAUCGCCCCUUUCUCUCUUGGUGGACUCAAAGCGAAUGACCCCUCUGGUGAGGGGACUUCCUGACUCCCUUAAGAUGAAAGGCAUUCAGCUUCAAAAGGAGAUAGCUGACACCCCACUUACCUCCCGAAUACAAGCUACUCUGAGGGAGAACUUAACACCCGGGAGGAACCAGCCUGAUGCAGACAAUGGACGUGGAAAAGGAAAGGGUCUGGGAAUCAAAGUAUAUGAUAAUUUGGGAAGAAAGAGAAGGUCCAUCUCCACUCAGUUGGCACAGGGGAAUGGUCAAAAGUGGGGAAAAGAUGACUGGACCCCCCAACGUAUCAUCGAGUAUUAUGGUCCUGCCACCUGGAACCCCCACGAGUGGAUCAGUGGUGCUCGAGAACCAAUCUAUAACUUAAACCAUAUCGUAAGGCUACAAGCAGUGCUAGAAAUCACCAAUGAGACAGCUCGGGCCCUAGAUCUGUUAGCAGAUCAAUCCACACAAAUGCGAACUGCCAUUAUCCAACACCGAAUGGUUCUUGAUUAUCUGUUAGCAGAAGAAGGAGGGGUUUGUGGAAAAUUAAAUGAUUCCAACUGUUGUCUACAGAUUGAUGACAAUGGGAAAGUAGUGAGACAAAUAUCUUCUGGGAUUUGA